GUUUCCAAAUUGAAUAAAAUUAAUCGAUUACUUCUUCUUCAAAUGCCUUCUGGAUCGGCUUCCCUUCAUUCGAUCCAGAUUCGGAACAUUUUUCCCACCACUUAGGUCUUUGUUUCAAGUGUUUUGUUGACAUUUUUCCCUGUACAUUAAGGAGUGCAACUUGAAGCACAUGUUAGUGAAAAGCCAUCAUAAAGGGGAUGGAUCCAAGUCCCUCGCCGAUACAUUGGCAAGAUGGAAAGAACAUAACGCCCGCCUUGAAUCGAGCGGCGAAGCUGAGAAGUCAACUAGGAAAGUUCCAGCCAAGGGAUCAAAGAAAGGGUGUAUGAAAGGUAAAGGAGGGCCUGAAAACUCGCGCUGUAAUUACCGAGGUGUUAGACAAAGGACUUGGGGAAAAUGGGUGGCCGAAAUUCGGGAACCAAACAGAGGGAGUAGGCUUUGGUUAGGUACAUUUCCCAAUGCAGUCGGUGCUGCUCUUGCUUAUGAUGAAGCGGCAAGGGCAAUGUAUGGUUCUUGUGCGCGCCUGAACUUUCCGAAUGUAGAGGUAUCCAAUUUCUCUCAGCUGGAAUCUAUGAAAGAUUCUCCAACUUCAGAUCAUUCUGGUUCUGUAAAGACAACAAUAGAGAAUACUGAGUCUAUGAUAUCGCUAAAUAACGCUCGUGUAGAUGCAGCUGAGGAUGUUGACAUGAAAAAUCUUUCGUUAUCCUUAAGUGUGACUGUGAAUCAUGAGGAAGGGGAGGUUGUAUCAGGGACUAGUUCAUCCCAGCCUUCAUUGUCUUGAUGUAAGUUUUGCAUAGUUUAAUUCAGCCAUGGCUAGAACUUUUAGCCUUCGUAGCUUUCAGGGUAACACUUAGGAUGUAUUUAUCUUUUGAUAGUUGUGCCAGAUGAUUAGAUGUUGGAAAAUUUACUUAAUUGAGAAGUGUUUAAUUCUUCUGGUAUUGCUCUAUUGCAAGCUGGAUAUGUGUCCAGUUCUAAGAUGUAAAAUUCUUGUCUUGCCUAAGAUGACUGGAUUCUUGUGUUGUGCCUCUAAUAUUUCAUAAUGGAUAAUCUCUUG